AUGAAGGCCCGCGUUGCUCCUCCGCAGUCAGCAGAUCCACAUGUUAUCUAUGUCGCUGAGAAACUGCCCGGCGAUGACUGGCACGGUAUAUCGGAUGCGAAGGAACGUAGGAGGCGCCAGAACCGGUUGAAUCAGAGAGUCCGCCGUUAUAAGGCAAGACUUGCGCAGGCUGGUUCCAUCGCCUCGAACGGACAAAGCCAUCCGGUCAUAACGCCUACUCGAUCAACCUUGAAUAUAGAGUCAAUAGGCCAGCUCCAGAGUACUCAACCUUAUCCAGGACAAAUUGUAGAGCCUGAAGUCACGACCCUCACCCGCUUACCUGCAGGCCACAAUGGCAGCGAAGAUAGCAAUGAAACAAUAAUCAGGAACACGACAUCUCCACAGGCCGAAGUCGAUGCAUUAUGUUCCGAGAAUCCUCACAGAGAUGAAGCGAACAUUCUACUUCAACGGAUAGCCGAGUUCCACUCGAGCUACCAGUUGAAUUGUGAUGACUGGGAUGAUGAGGAGUUGUGUACGGAUAUCAUGGGAUUCUGGGAUGGUACUUCCACGGGGCCCUUUGGGCUGAUUAUUUGGGGAGAGCCUUCUGACCCUAGAAGCUGGGAGAUUACAGAAGGGUUCUUGAAGAAAUGGGGCCGGCUGGUACAUGGUUGUGUGGAUUUGAUGUGGUCGACGAAUCACUGGCGAGCGAAGCGAGGGGAAAGACCGUUGUUCUCGAUGACGAAGGUAUACCGCCAGCUGGGUCAGACAUAA